GUUACCUGUAUGCCACUGACCUUUCCUCCAGAGCUCAGAACCACUUUCAGUGGCAACUCAAAGCUAAGCUCAGCAGUGACAGUUUGAAAGUGAGCUACAGUUAAAGAGAAGUUCGGAGCUGUGAUAAAAGAAUAACAAGCGUACAUGUCCAAAGAAGACGGUUAGCAACUGGAUUGUGGUAACAAUGACUACUGGGCAAAGAACUGCUCAACGCCCUACUUGCAACCUGGACCCUGCCCAAGUUGGGGACACAUCUGGCUGACUGCUCUACUCAACUUCACCAAGGCAGAAAAAUCAGGAUGCGCACAAAGGCAGUCUUGUUCUCCAUGACAAAUCAGAGUGCUGAAAUGACAAAACGCCAGUGUCAUUUGCUGUCACACAACAGGAGCUGCCGCGCGGACACUUUCCUGUAUCCAGGGUCACACUGCCAGAGAAGGAUGGUGCGCUGGUUACAUUCAUGACUUGAAGAUUCAUCCUGAAAAACAGCAAUAGCCUCUGAAGCCAGUGUGUAGGGCCGGGGGGUCCACUGUCUACUCCUGAACCACACUAACCACAGCUUCUCCAUGCCUGCUUAUGGGGGAGGUAUCUACCUGCUCUUCAACUCACCUCCUCUGGCUCCACCCGUUUUUCCAGUUUGGAACAUGCUAAAGUAAAAAUAAUAACGCGCCAGCUGACCUGAAGCAUUUGAUGUGGGCGUAACCUACAGAAAAUAACCCAGAUCUGUAGUUCCACUCAUGCUGGAAGAGUGAAUGAGCAUACACAAGGAGAAAGGCUGUGUCACUCAGACAAGAACACUCAAGGCUGCAUUGCUGAAGUCCCAGCAGGUUCUCUAUCACAGAAGGCUUUGGCAACUAAACCAAGUCACUGAGAGGAAAGCAACAGAUGACAGUCUGCAAGUUCUCCUAACUAGUAUUAGUGGACACACUCAUAUCCUUCAGAUUCAACUGAAUAACCAGGACCAUGGACAUGCCUGGUGUCAACACCACCUCAGCCAAUACCACCUUCUCCCCUGGGACCAGCACCCUAUGCAGCAGAGACUAUAAGAUCACCCAGGUUCUCUUCCCAUUGCUCUACACUGUCCUGUUUUUCGCUGGGCUCAUCACGAACAGCUUGGCAAUGAGGAUUUUCUUUCAGAUCCGCAGUAAAUCCAACUUCAUCAUUUUUCUUAAGAACACGGUCAUCUCUGAUCUUCUUAUGAUUCUAACUUUUCCAUUCAAAAUUCUUAGUGAUGCCAAACUAGGAGCCGGGCCUCUGAGAAUCUUGGUGUGCCAAGUUACUUCAGUCACAUUUUAUUUUACAAUGUAUAUCAGUAUAUCGUUCCUGGGAUUGAUAACCAUUGACCGCUACCUGAAGACCACCAGGCCAUUUAAAACUUCCAGCCCCAGCAAUCUCUUGGGUGCGAAGAUUCUUUCUGUUGUCAUCUGGGCCUUCAUGUUCUUACUUUCACUGCCUAACAUGAUUCUCACCAACAGGAGGCCAAAAGAUGAGGACAUAACGAAAUGUUCUUUCUUAAAAUCGGAGUUUGGUCUGGUCUGGCACGAAAUAGUCAAUUACAUCUGCCAAGUCAUUUUCUGGAUUAAUUUUUUAAUUGUCAUUGUUUGUUAUAGCCUCAUUACAAAAGAACUCUAUAGGUCUUAUGUCAGGACAAGGGGUUCAGCCAAGGUUCCCAAGAAAAAGGUGAACAUCAAAGUUUUCAUCAUCAUUGCUGUGUUCUUUAUUUGCUUUGUUCCUUUCCAUUUUGCACGGAUCCCCUACACCCUGAGCCAAACCCGGGCUGUCUUUGACUGCAGUGCAGAGAACACUCUGUUCUAUGUGAAGGAGAGCACGCUAUGGCUGACGUCCUUGAAUGCCUGCCUUGAUCCAUUCAUCUAUUUUUUUCUUUGCAAGUCUUUCAGAAAUUCCUUGACAAGCAUGCUGAGGUGCUCAAACUCUGCAUCAACAUCUGGGGCAAACAAGAAGAAAGGACAGGAAGGUGGAGACCCAAGCGAGGAGACGCCAAUGUAGAACAUUACCUAAGGGGCUGCUUCAGUCUUUAGUGUCCAAACUCCUCCAAGGAAAUCACUGCAUAACUAUAUUAACAUUCACUAAAACGAAGCUAAGUUAAUGACUCUUUGAAUAAGCAAUAAAGUAAGAAAAUAAACUUUAACUACCUUUCCUGUACAUAUAAGGGAAAAAUCCUAGUCUGCAGAUGUAUAGUAAAAUGAACUGUAUCCCAUUGCUAUACUGCAGGCAAACAACAACAACAACAAAAAAUAACGACUUAUCUGGUUUCCACAAAAUUAGCAACAUGAAAUAUAAUAUUCACUGUCAUUUUAAAAUGCAUUACCAAUCACAAUAUUAUUUUUGUAAUAAGUGAGAAAUUAUGUUUGAUCUGAUACAUCAAACACUGUAAUUGCCAACUUCUCAUUUAUAACAAGGAUAACAACAAAACCAAAGGGACUUCAAUCAAAUGAAAUGACAAUGGAUAAGGCCUGCAUUAUUAUAAACACACAUUAAGAUGGUAGAGGUUUAAAAGGUGAAUCUUACCAUAAGGAAAAGACAUGAUGAAUAAAAUGAUUAACUUAACGAGAGUACACUUUCAUAACAUUCUAAUAUCAAAAAAAUUUUAUUCCUUCCUUAACACUAGAGAAAGCAAUUUUACUAAGGGUCUGAGUUUAGUGGGUACGGUGCCAUUAUUGGUACUUAUCUGCUAACUAGCUUUGGAAAUGCCUGAUGCUUGAACGAACAGAACACUUCUUACUAAGAAAAUAUCAGUAACUAUAGUUACCAAUCGCACAUCACAUCAUCAAUAAGACAGCGAUUGAACUACUUAAGAUUACCUGUUUGUAAUCAUGCGUGUAAUAUUAAAAUGCAUUUAUUCUAUAU